AUGCACACAACUUGUGUGAUUCAAGAACCCCGAAAGAAGCAGAAAGUCAAUGAAGAAGAGGACAUUGAUUGGAACCACAAAUGCUUGGGCGACUUACUUAAGGCAGUUCUUCGACACAUCCUUUCAUUUCUUCCCACAAAAGAUGCUGUUAGGACAAGCGUGCUUUCUAAAAGGUGGGAAUACCUAUGGGCUUCUACUCCCAAUCUGGAUUUUGAACGAUCAUUGCUUGCUAAGAGAAAUUUUUUGAGGAAUUUUGUGGAAAGGGUGUUCUGUCUUCGUGACUGUUGUGUUAUGGAACAUUCACUCUCUAUUGUGAUGUGCUCUGUGAUGCAUCUCGUAUUCAUACGUGGAUCUAUGCCGUUGAAAGAACCCCGAAAGAAGCAGAAACUCAAUGAAGAAGAGGACAUUGAUUGGAACCACAAAUGCUUAGGCGACUUACUUGAGGCUGUUCGUCACAAAUGCUUAGGCGACUUACUUGAGGCUGUUCGUCGACACAUCCUUUCAUUUCUUCCCACUAAAGAUGCUGUUAGGACAAGCGUGCUUCCUAAAAGGACAUUGACAAAUGAGGUAUUACGCGCUCUUUCAUUGGUGCCUACUUCUAGGCCAACCCCUUGGUUGUCUCUACACCCCUACUUCCUUUAUCAGAUCCUAGCCACCUGGCUGAAAUUCGGCCAAUCUGGACGGUAA